CAAACAAAGUGAAUCCCACGAGACGCAAGUCUCUAGCCUGAAAGGACGUUGGCGGCGAGAGGCAGUGGAACAACUGUUACUCACACUGCAGACUCCCUCCUUUUUCGGCGCCGAACUUCGCCGCGAACUCUGAGCUUGUUUCAUGGAACAGUACGAGAAAGUUGAGAAGAUUGGUGAAGGCACCUAUGGUGUGGUUUACAAGGCUCGUGAUCGCGUCACACAUCAAACCAUAGCAUUGAAGAAAAUUCGACUGGAGCAGGACGAUGAGGGAGUGCCUAGCACGGCGAUUCGAGAGAUUUCGCUCUUGAAAGAAAUGCAGCAUAGGAAUAUUGUAAGGUUACAGGAUGUAGUACACAGUGAGAAGAGUUUGUAUCUGGUUUUUGAGCACCUGGACUUAGAUCUGAAGAAGCACAUGGAUUCAUCUCCUGAUUUUGCUAAAGAUCAUCGACAAAUAAAAAUGUUUCUAUAUCAAAUUCUGUGUGGCAUUGCUUACUGUCAUUCACAUAGGGUUCUUCAUAGAGACUUGAAACCACAGAAUUUGUUGAUAGAUCGCCGCAAUAAUUCAGUAAAGCUUGCAGAUUUUGGAUUGGCCAGGGCAUUUGGCAUUCCUGUCAAGACAUUUACACAUGAGGUGGUGACACUAUGGUACAGAGCUCCAGAAAUAUUGCUUGGAUCUCGCCAUUACUCGACCCCAGUGGAUGUUUGGUCUGUGGGCUGUAUAUUUGCAGAGAUGGUAAACCUAAGACCACUGUUUCCUGGAGACUCUGAGAUUGAUGAAAUAUUUAAAAUAUUCAGUAUCAUGGGUACACCAAAUGUGGAUAUGUGGCCCGGAGUGAUUUCAUUGCCCGAUUUUAAAACAUCCUUUCCCAAGUGGCCGCCAAAGGACCUGGCAACUGUUGUUCCAAAUCUUGGGCCAGCUGGCAUUGAUCUUCUUUCUAACAUGCUAUGCUUGGAUCCCAGCAAAAGAAUUACAGCCAGGAAUGCUCUUGAGCAUGAGUACUUUAAGGACAUCAAAUUUGUACCCUAAUCCCUUGUUCUUCGUGGCAAGGAUGUCUAUAGAAACAUAGCAUGAGUAGAUUGUUUGGGUUUUGAUUGUGCCUUGCUUUUUCUUCUAUAGUGAUUGAACUUGGUCAUUGUUCAUAUAUUUGCUCUUAAAUUUGUUGUACAUUCAACUGAGUGUCGUUCAUCAUACUGGUCACCCCUUCACGUCUGGGGAUUACUACAGCUUGGAGGCAAGUUUCUUGUUUGCUUGCUUGUGGAUAGGGCUAUAUGACCCCAUGGGACAUUAGAAUUCUGAUGUAGUGCUUUUGCAAUCCUACAUGGCACAUCUCCAACUAUUUUUUCCCCAUAAA